GAAGAAAAUCAACUGUCAUCCCGGGUUCCCGGCCGCUCUCUUCGCUUCGCAGUCGUCUUUUCAGUGCGGUCUAGCGGCCAUUCUUGUGUUAAAAUUGUCGCCGCAUUUCUAGUGUGUAAUUGAAAGCAAAAUCUCCACCAAUCCAGCUGCAUUUAUCAAGUAUAAAACGACAUUCCUUCUCCUCCCCCACGCCGCCGCACAGCCUACUGCGAGAGGAUGCUGCUGCCACUGAAACCGGUUCGCCUACUGCUGACGGUAGGAUGUUUGGCCACGGCUUUCUUCCUGGUGGCCGCACAUGAGGAGGACACCACCAGCGUCCAGCUUACGAAGGACAACUUCCAGUCGGAAGUAGAUGGUACCAACUACUUUGUCAUGUUCUUUGCCCCCUGGUGUGGCCACUGCAAGAAGUUAGCCCCGAUUUGGUCCAAGCUUGCUGAGGCCAAGAACGACGACAGCGCCGCCCAGGUCAAGAUCGGUCGCGUGGACUGCACGACCGACGGCGAUUUGUGCUCGGAGCAGGACGUCACCGGCUACCCGACGCUCAAGUUCUUCAAGAGCAAUUCCGCGUCGGACGAUUCGGUCAAGUACCGUGGCGGGCGGGAUUUGGACUCGUUCAACGCUUUUAUUCGCGAGCAGCUGGGCCUGGAGGAUGACGACUCGGAGGAAACCGUGGCCGCCUCGAAGCCGGUUUCGCCGCUGGUUGAGCUGACCGACGACACUUUUGCCAAGCACAUCUCCAGCGGAAAGCAUUUCGUCAAAUUCUUCGCCCCGUGGUGCGGCCACUGCACCAAGCUUGCGCCGACCUGGGAGGAACUGGCCAAGACCCUAGAGCACGACACUUCGAUUAGCAUUUCCAAGAUCGACUGCACCCAGUAUCGGCCGAUCUGUACCGACUUCGAGGUUAAGGGCUACCCGACGCUGCUGUGGAUCGAAGACGGCAAGAAGAUCGAAAAGUACUCCGGUUCCCGUUACGAGGAACUGAAGGCGUACGUUUCCAAAAUGGCCGGCGGAAUUAGCGUUGACGAAGCGGCCGCCGAUGCCGUCGACGCCGCGGACAAGGACAACACUUCGGUUGUGCUGCAGCUGUCCCAGCCCGACUUCCAGCACGCCAUCGAUAAAGGCGUCACGUUCGUCAAGUUCUACGCGCCCUGGUGUGGCCACUGUAUGCGUCUGGCCCCAACCUGGGAGCAACUGGCGGAGAAGUUUGUCGGUUCCGACCAGGUCAAGAUCGCCAAGGUGGACUGCACCCUGGAGGUGAACAAGGAACUUUGCGGCGAGCAGGAGGUGAACGGAUUCCCGACCAUCUUCCUGUAUCGCGGCGGCGAGAAGCUCGGCGAAUACAACGGAAACCGUUCGCUGGAGGAUCUGCACGAUUUCGUUACCCGGCACCUGGGCACCGAUCACGACGAGCUGUAAGGAGGAAGCUGUAUGUGUGUUUUAGUGAUUUGUGGUGCGGUCUGUGAGUAGAAACGGAACGGAACAAAAUUGUGUGUGAAAAAACCCAUUCAUAUCUCUGUGUGUGUUGGACAAGACUAGUAGAAAAUUAGUGUUUGAACCAAUCGACGGAAAACAAUUGUGAAGAAAAAAA